UUUUAUUCUCUUAAAUAAACAAAAUAUAUAUUGGCUUUGCAUCUUCAUUCUCGUUCUUUUCAUUUUUUUUCACUUUCCCAUCGGUUUUCUUCAAUUUCUGUUUUUUGGGGUUUUGUUUGUUUGUUGAACAAUUUCAUUGAAGAUACGAAUCAUGGCUUAUGCUUCUCAUAUAAUCAAUCACUCGAAGAAGUUAAGAAAUGUUCCCAACUUGCUUCAGCAUGAGGUUAGUUUGGUUCGUUGGUUUUCAAACGAUACUCGCUUCUUCUUCAGUAAAAAGGAUGAUAUUGGGAAGGUUCGUCAUCAUGAUUUUGUAGCAGCAGGAAAAGAAAGGUUUUCAAUCACUGCUGCUAAUAGCACUGCAUUGUCAUCUGGUGCAUCAAGGAAAAAUGUCUCAAGGACAAUAAUGCAAGUUGGGAACCCAUUGGCUGGACCACGACUCUUGAAGGAUUUUUCUUGUUCACAGGCAUUGUCAAGGAGAGGAUAUUCAUCUGAUUCUGGUCUUCCUCCGCACCAAGAGAUUGGAAUGCCUUCUCUCUCACCCACAAUGACAGAGGGUAAUAUAGCAAGGUGGUUGAAGAAAGAGGGUGACAAAAUUUCACCUGGUGAAGUACUUUGUGAAGUUGAAACAGAUAAAGCAACUGUUGAGAUGGAAUGCAUGGAAGAAGGUUUCCUUGCAAAGAUAAUAAAGGGGGACGGAUCAAAAGAAAUUAAAGUUGGUGAGGUAAUUGCUAUAACUGUUGAAGAUGAGGAAGACAUUCCCAAGUUCAAGGAUUACAGUCCUUCAGCAUCAGAUGGUGCUGCCGCAGAUAAAGGGCCCUCUACUUCUACUCCACCUCCCCCACCCGAGAAGGAUGUGGUUGAGGAAAAAGUUAGUUCACCUGAACCAAAGAUUUCCAAACCCAGUGCAACUCCUUCUGAAGAUCGCAUUUUUGCUAGUCCUCUUGCAAGAAAAUUGGCUGAAGAUCACAAUGUACCUCUCUCAAGCAUUAAAGGAACAGGUCUUGAUGGACACAUUGUAAAGGCUGAUAUAGAAGAUUUCUUGGCAUCACGUAGGAAGGAGCGCGAAGUUUCAGCAACAGCACCUAAAGCCAAGGACACAACACCUGCUGCAUUAGAUUAUGUUGACAUUCCUCAUUCUCAAAUAAGAAAGGUUACAGCUUCACGCUUAUUAUUAUCAAAGCAAACAAUCCCUCAUUAUUAUUUAACAGUAGAUACAUGUGUUGACAAACUUAUGGAUUUGCGGAGCAAACUAAAUUCAUUACAAGAGGCCUCAGGUGGGAAGCGGAUAUCUGUAAAUGAUCUUGUAAUCAAGGCUGCUGCUUUGGCUCUUAAAAAAGUUCCGCAAGGCAACAGUUCAUGGACUGAUAACUAUAUUCGCCAGUAUAAUAAUGUGAAUAUUAAUGUAGCAGUACAGACAGAUAAUGGACUAUAUGUUCCGGUUGUUAGGGAUGCAGACAAGAAAGGUUUGUCUAAAAUUGCUGAGGAGGUCAAGUUUUUGGCGCAGAAAGCCAAAGAGAAUAGCUUGAAACCAGAAGAUUAUGAGGGAGGCACAUUUACUGUGUCAAAUUUGGGAGGGCCUUUUGGCAUCAAGCAAUUCUGUGCCAUCGUCAAUCCUCCUCAAUCAGGCAUUCUUGCGGUUGGCUCUGCUGAGAAGAGGGUUAUUCCUGGUUUGGGUCCUGAUGAAUUUAAGUUUGCUUCCUUCAUGUCAGUAACCCUAAGUUGUGAUCAUCGUGUCAUAGAUGGUGCAGUUGGUGCUGAAUGGCUAAAAGCGUUCAAGGGCUACAUUGAGAAUCCUGAAUCAAUGUUGCUGUAAAUCAAUCAGUAGCUGUUUCAGUCGUUUCUCAGUAUACCUUUCCUUGCAGUUGCCAUUAUUAACAUUGAGCCGCGGUUGUUUUUUUUUCCCUCGCCAUCAGUCAUUAGAUAGGAAACAGUGGUUGAGUAGAAUAAAAGUGUUGGGUUCUUUUGAGGCGCUAAAACGCAAACUCAGUCAAUUUUGCGUUUGCAGAGUUUGAUGACACAAAUUUACGAGGGUUAUGCCUUUUUUUGCUCGUGAUCAUCCCACCAUCUACGGUGAUAAUAAAAAUGAUAAUUCUUUGUUUAAAGCUUGAUUUACUGGAUGGUCACCUAGUGUAUAAUUGUAAUCCUAUGUCUUACCGUUUGAUUGUAAAUGCAGGAAGUCCAUUUUAGCCCUCAUAUCACAUGGGUUGGCUACGAUCCUUUGGACUUGGAUUUGAUGAUUAUUAGGAAUGUUUGAUUCGAUUUUCUUCCUUA